UGACACCUCCGUCUUUUCAGCCAGCCUCAUCUCCCUUCGUUCUCAACCUCCACCGCGUCCGCCGCGUACGUACCCCAUUCGACGACGAAGACAUUGCCGACAAUGCUUGCGAACAAGUCUCGUUGGGCGCUCCUUUCGCUCUGCCUGCUCGUGGCAUCUGGGCUUGGGGUUGGUGCACAGGACACUAGUUCGAGCGCGUCGGUUUCAGUAACAGGUACGUUUUUUCCCUUGUUUGCUGCCCUCUCCCAGAGGAGUCGAAUGUCGGGUUGGGAGGUGAAAAGUUUGACCAGACGCGAGGGUGUAGCGCCGCCGUUCGCGUUAGGUUGGGGCGCUCUUGUUUAUGGCCCUCACUCUGUGAGGCGUGCUCAAUAUGGUUGGGCACUUCCCGGAUGUAUACGCGCUCGUGCGUGUGUUCUCAUCGGACGUUUGCGAUCCUGUCAUACAACAUCUACCUCUACUCGCAACGCCGAUUCGGGUGCUAACGAAGCUUUCCAGCGUCCUCAUCGGCCGCCAGCUCUGGUACCACCGCUGUCGUAUCCGCUACGUCAACAGUGUCAGGUUCAGGCACCAGCUCGAGCGUUUCGCUCCCCAGUUCGGCCCCUCCCUCGGCGAGCGUCUCCCCUUCUGCGGACAGCAGCAGCGUCAUCGCGAGCUCGACAGCGAGCGCAAGCGAAAACAGCAGUGGCAUCGCCUCCUCGUCCGGGAGCGGCACGGCAAGCUCUGCAGGUACCUCGGUCUCGGUGUCCACGUCAGUUUCCGUCUCUUCCGCGCCGGCAUCUGUGCCAUCCUCGACCACCGAAGUCAUUGCCACCACCGAGACCGUCGCGGUGCCGACGUCCACGGUGGCUGCUGUUGGGUCUUCGACGGGCGUGACGACGCGCUCGCCGGUGGUAUCGUACGCUACGGUUCAAGCUUCUGCGACCACAUCGACGGAAACCGCUGCGGGAGCGACGGGAUCAACGAUAUCGAAGUCGUCCAGUGCAUACGGCCUUCAUGAGCAAGCGAAUGGGCUGGGGGUCAUCGCCGCCAUGGCUCUCGUCCCGCUUGCUUUGG